CGCCGGAAGCUGCGCAUGCGUCAUCGGUCAACAACAAUGGCGUCCUCCAUUGCUGCGCACAGGUUACAUAUGAGUGGAAAGAGCAAAUUCGUGAAAUAUCUCCAAAAGGUGGACAGUUUUUUUCACAGAGGUGUCGGAACUACAGCUGUUCCAGCCCAUGUCGACAUACCAACAAAGGACGAAACCAAUGAAAAGGAUGGAUGUCUGUCUUUUUAUGCUGUCCAAGUCCAAAGACAAGAGCAGGCCGAAAGAUCCGUUCUCAUCAACUGCCCACACAAAACCAGUGAGAAAAAGAUUCUCAAGUUUUUAUCAACACAUGGUGAUAUUAACAAGUGCUUCACUUAUGAAAGCUAUGGCAUGCAUGCAGUGGUUGAGUUUGCUUCGCAAGACAGCGUGUCGUCGUUACUCGAUGGGGCCGGCAUCCCCAGCAACAACCAUGAAUCUAUGGUUCCUUAUAAAUCAAGACUAAUGACUCUGCGAGGUCUAACGGAAGUAACCAACCAGCAGUCCAAUAAACUGAGCCACCCACAAACCACUAUUCCCAUUAACGAGCUUAUUCAGAGACUUUCUCAAGAGGAGAGUAUAGACCAACAAAUAAUCUCCUUGACAGAAGCCUACCAGCUAACUGAGGAAAACAGCCGACUGCGUUUCCUCGUCUGCUCUCUGCUCAAAGACAUUGCCGCUGCUUAUUUUCCAGAAUGCUCCAUUAAACCAUUUGGAUCGUCAGUGAAUGGCUUUGGAAAGCUGGGCUGUGAUUUGGACAUGUUUCUGGACCUGGACGGCAUCAGUGGAAGGAAUUUAAAAAUGCCAAAAUCUGGUUUGACCUUGGAGUACCAGAUGAAGCGGGCCACUUCAGAGCGUGGUGUCACACAGAGCAUCCUGACUGUCAUUGGUGAAUGCGUGGACCAAUUUGGGCCUGGCUGCGUUGGUGUGCAGAAGAUCCUGAACGCCCGAUGCCCCCUCGUCCGUUUUGCCCACCAGCCGUCUGGUUUUCAGUGUGACCUCACAGCCAACAACAGGGUGGCGAUGAAGAGCUCAGAGCUUCUUUAUCUUUAUGGCCAACUGGAUCCAAGGGUGCGUCACCUUGUGUUUACCGUGCGAUGCUGGGCCCGAGCACACGGGUUGACCAGCAGUAUCCCCGGGGCCUGGAUCACCAACUUCUCUCUCACCGUCAUGGUGCUGUUCUUCCUGCAGGGGAGACAGCCCUCUAUCAUCCCCACUCUGGACCACCUACGAGACCUUGCAGGUCCCGCGGACAAGAGCGUGAUCGAGGGGAACGACUGCACAUUUGUCAGUGACUUUGACAGAAUCCAGCUCCAGAACAACACAGAAACACUCGAGAAACUGCUUUGUGAAUUCUUUGAGUUCUACGCCACAUUUGCAUUCAGUAAGAAGUCCAUAAAUAUCCGAAAGGGCAAAGAGCAGAACAAACCCGAGGUGGCCCCGCUGCACAUCCAGAACCCGUUUGAAACGGCCCUGAAUGUCAGCAAGAACGUAAAUGGCACACAACUGGAACGAUUUGUGGCUUUGUGUCAGGAGAGCGCCUGGCUCCUCCAGCAGACCGACAACACCGUACCCAAAGGCGGCCGCACGCCCACACCCUGGGGACUCGCGACCCUCCUUUUGCCUUUGCAGGUUGCGGGGGUCAAAAGUCGAAAGAAGAGGAAAAGAGAGCCUGCUAGCGAGCGGAUCAAGGGCUUGCUAGAAUCCCUGAAAAAUAAAAAUCAGCCAAAGAGCUAAAGACUCUUGAUAUCCCCGGAAAAAGAACUUCAUGUUAUCUUAAUUAGUCUGACUCAAGGACACCAUUAUGCCACAAUAAACUAAGAGACACCUUGA